UAAAAGAUUCUCAUUUUCGUAAGUUCAUAAUUUAUCACAGGACCAAAUUUAGCGUAGAUUCUCUAAACAUUCUCCUCAAACAUUGGACUAUAAAUAAAGAUCCUCUCACCCACCACCACCAUCUCCCAGCUUCUCUCUUAUACAAAACUCUCCUUUUCUAUUCCUCAUCAAUGGCGCUCCGGAAAAUUCUUGGGAAGCGUCCGUUGAGCUGUUAUGGAAUCACCUCAUCGCUUGCCACCGUAGAGAACUCUCCGAUCUCUCUCCAUACCGCACCUCGCCGGGAGUACGUGGCCCUGCCCGAUUCCGGUGAAAGAGGAUUCUUCCGACGGUUCUUUCACCUGAGGCCUUUGGAACAGCCGUCGCCGGGAUUUCCAAAGAUCUUCUCGGUUCCUGUGGGUGAAAAGUUGAUAGAAAAGCUUCGAGGCAUAAACAUUUCUGGAAAUCAGCUUCGGUUGGAAGGAAUAACUCAGCCUCGACCUCUACCAAUGGAUGCCAGGGCUAAGGUUUCUGUUGAAGAUGCGAGGAAGCUAUUGAGGGCUUCUCAAAUCCAGAAGCUUAAAGCGAAGCUAAGAGAGAUUCCAAAAAGUUCGAUUUCUUAUUACGAGUUUGUUCAGAUCUGCCUUGAUGGAUGUGGAAAUGAAGCUCAAGGUUUAGAACUAGCUAAAUUGCUGGAUCAUUCGGGAAACGUCAUCGUUUUAGGGAACGUCGUUUUCCUCCGCCCCGAAGAGUUGGCUAAAUCAAUGGAAAGCAUGAUUUCGGAAUCGAUGGCCCUCCCAGAUGACCCAAGAAGAAAAGAGCUGGAAGAAAUGGGGAAACAAAAGGCUGAAAUAGACAAAAAGGCCAAGGCUCAGGUUCGUGGUGAGCUUUAUUGUGGGCUGGGGUUCCUACUGCUUCAAACACUGGGAUUCAUGAGGCUUACGUUUUGGGAACUAAGUUGGGACGUGAUGGAGCCCAUAUGCUUCUUCGUCACCUCCCUGCACUUUGCCUCUGCCUAUGGUUUUUUCCUCACCACUUCCACCGAACCCUCCUUUGAAGGCUAUUUUCAACGCCGUUUCAAAACUAAACAAAGGAAACUCAUCAAGGCCCACAGCUUUGACAUCGAAAAAUACAAUAAACUUCGUCAAGCCUUAUAUCCCAACAUCUCUAAUGCCUUGCCGAGCUUGGAGCGUUGCUCCUCUACCACCUUAAAACAUGAAGACGAGGCAUUCCUUUGACGCUCCUACAAAGGAAACUAAUGGAGUUUUUUUCUUCUUCUUCUUCUAGCACUAGUUAUAUAAUAUUAUGCGAAAUAGAAAAAGGAACUGUGGAUUCUAUGAUGUGGAUCGCCAGUGACUUUGAUAUUUGAAUCAUAAUUGUUCUUAUCCAGUAUCGAUUCUUCUGACGAUUGAGUACUAUUAAGUAGAGUGCUGUAAAACCAAAAUUAGCAAAGCAAGAAGCAAGAUCCACAUGCAUAGUAGUCCUUAGAUGUACAGCAAUAGCCAUCUGCUCGGCUACUAUAGGUAUAUUAUAGAUGAACUAACUGGCUUUGUAUUAGAUCACGUGUCCUAGUUUUUGAGGGCGUGAGUUGAUUUAGGUCUUUCUCCAAUGAUCUUCUAAAUUGGUCCCAAGUCUUUUCUCAGGGAACUUUGUAAAGGGUAGUACUAGUAUAAAUUUCAAACGAGUAGCUUUUUUUUUUAAGAAAAUAAUAAAUAUUAAUAUAAA